UCUUGCCCCACCUACAGGUGAAAUGGUAAAUUACAUCUGUCACCUAGCAACAGCAGCUAAACAGAAACCCAAGCACACAACUUUCAGUUGUAGCAGAUGGGGAAAAAAGUCAAAAAAGAGGCCGAGACAUUCCAGAAAGAUGUGUUCGACCCUCUACCUAUCGAGAGCAAAACAGCAGCGACAGCGGUUCUCAUGCUCAGCUCUCCUGAAGAAGAGGUGCUGGCAAAAGCUUGUGAAGCUAUCCACAAAUUCGCAGAAAAAGGUGAUGAGAAUAAGACUUCUUUGAUGUGCUUGGGAGCGAUUGAACCUCUUUGUCGUCUCAUUUCUCACGAGGACAAGACUGUGCGCAGGAAUGCUGUCAUGGCUCUGGGCGUCAUGGCUUCUAACAAUGAAGUUAAAAACUGUUUGAAGACACUGGAUGUGAUACCUGCAGUUAUCAGCAAACUGUCACCUGAAGAGAAUAUUGUGGUCCACGAGUUUGCCACUUUGUGUUUGACGUCAUUGUCAGUGGACUUCUCCUACAAGAUCCAGAUAUUUGACCACAAGGGACUUGAACCUCUUAUUCAUCUCUUGUCUAGCCCGGAUCCUGAUGUGAAGAAAAAUUCUGUGGAGUGCAUAUUUAAUCUUGUACAAGACAUUCAGAAUCGAGCGGCUGUGCAGCGUCUAAAUGGACUCCCCCCACUUCUGGAUCUGCUGCGCUCAGAGUUCCCAGUUAUUCAGCAGCUUGCACUGCGCACCAUAGAGAACAUCACCACUGACAGUGAGACCCGUGUGGCCUUUAGGAAUGUACAGGGCUUUGACAGAAUCCUGGAGCUCCUUGCGACCAAAGAGUUUAGUGAACUGCAUGAGGGGGCUCUCAGGGUUAUCUGUAACUGUCUGGAAGACAGCGAGGCCAUGCAGCUUAUUCAGACGAUGGGUGGCCUGGAACAGAUACUGCAAUUUGUUGGCACGUCCACACUGCCUGAAGCGCAGGCUAAUGCAGCCAAAGCCAUAGCCAGGAUGGCACAGAGCAGUGAGAACAGAAAAAUUCUUCAUGAACGGAAUGUAGAAAAAGCCCUUACUGAUCUUCUCAUGCAGGAUAAUGAGAGUGUGCGUACUGCUGUAUGCCAGGCUGUGGCAGCAGUGAGCAAAAACCUUUCCAGCAGGGACACAUUCAGAUGCCUGGAUGCGAUCGGGCCCAUUGUGCAGCUGCUGAACAGUGAAGGAAGUGAGUUGAGAACGGCAGCCGCAGAGGCCCUGUCCAGCCUGACCAACAGCAACAAUCUCAAUGCUUAUGCUAUAUAUGAUGCAGGGGGUGACGAGCUCUUGGUGCAACAGCUGCGAGACAGCUGCACGGGAGCAGCUGUGUAUGCGGCAUCGGUCUUGACAAACAUGGCAUCGCAGGAGGAGCUGCGCAGAAGCAUUCUGGCCCAUGAAGCUAUGCCAGCAUUGGUGGAGCUGCUACACUCCACUGACAACAACACACUCAUCAGUGCAAUGCAGGCUGUGGCUUCACUGGCCUGUGAUGCAGAGGCCAGGCUAGAGCUGAGAAAUGUUGGAGGCCUGUCACCUUUAGUUCAGCUGCUCAAAUCGAUCCAUGCUGAAAUUCGGAGAAAUGCUUGCUGGGCAAUUAGUGUGUGUGCAAACGAUGAAAUAACAGCCCUAGAAUUGUGCAGUGCUGGAGCUCUAGAGAUACUCCAGGAAAUCAACCUGUCACCACACCGUAACAACAAAUUUAGUGAGCUGGCACUACAGAAGCUUCUGGACAGCAAUCUAUCGUUGAAGUAUAGUCUGACAGGACACCUGUCAGCCAGCGAUAUAACCACUGAUGGCUUCUACGACCCUGGACAGAUAAGAAUGGGUCAUCAGGUUCCUACCUUAGAGGAUAUAUCAAAACAAGUUGUCAACCAACAUCGAGCCACUAUUGCGGUUAAUGGGAAGCCCCCGGAUCAAUCUAUUACCAAGGAACCAGAUGAUCGUAAGUCAGACAGUCCAACAGAAACUACAGCCUCAUCUGUUAUGAGCAGCAAAAGGAGCAGCAAAACACCAAGUAAAAUGAAGGGAAAGGGUCAAAAAGAGGAUGAGAAAAAGAAGGACGAGGAUGAGAGUAAGCCACAGCAGGAGACGGUGGUAGAUGAAGCAUGGAGCUUGCCGUAUGACGCUGCGUUUCAUAACCUCCUCCAAGAGGCUGCCGAAUCCAUCUCGCCACUUCAGGAUGAGGUCAAAAUGUAUACGGCUUUGGCCAUGUUAGUGUGCGAGGCAAUGGGCGGCCAGGUUGAGCCAGAGAAGCUGCAUGACUUCCUGUGGGAACUGCACAUUAGCGAGCUGAAGUUUGAAGCCUGUUCCAACAUCGUUCUCAUUGGAAAGAUAAAAAAGGGCACCUACUUUCACAGAGCGUUGCUUUUCAAGGUUCUUGCAGACCGAAUUGGGCUGAGCUGCAGUCUCAUAAGAGGAGAAUACAACCGUGCCUGGAACGAAAUCCUCAUCGCCGGUCCAAAGAAACGUUAUGGAUACUCUCAGCCUGAAAGUUAUAUUAUAGAUCUCAUGCACCAACCUGGAAACCUUAUGAAAAGCAACUCACCAGCAGCUCUGGCAUAUCAGACCAUUUAAUAACUAUAACAUUGGAUAAGGCAACAUUUCUCAUUUUUAAGACAUAUUUUAUUUAUUAUAAUCUGUUAAAAUGAAGUGAAUUAAAUUCUAAUAAAGUAUUAUCAAAACUGAUGUGUAUUCUGGUUAAUUUUCUUUACAUUAAAUCAUCUCUGAUGAUAAUAACUGGUUGAGGAAGGCGGUAAGGUCAAAGUCUACGAUGAAAUAGACUGAUGAUAAGAGCGAAAACACUCCAAUAAGACGGAAAACAACUCCAAAAUCCCAUUUUUCAAAACUUCGAUACGCAUGAUGCGGUUAGUCCACUGACAAAAGGUGCAAAGUUUGAUCAGCUUCAGCUAGUCGACCGUGACCCAUAAAGUAGGCUAUGUGAGUUGUGACCGUUUUCCGGUGCUCGAGCUGCGAGGGGGGAAUGAAGACAACUGAGCUCAAUUCAGCUUCUUUUCAGUCUAUUGAGUAGCCCAUGUUAACUAAUAGUGGAGAAAGUCAGGCCACUGCAUGAAAUAAUAUGUCGAGAAAAAUGUCACGUUUUCUAGUUCGCUUCUCCUCUAUCGUUUCCAGCGGAGCGACUGCCAAAUCAAUUUUACCUCAAAAGAGGAUAUUUGUAGGGAUUCGGCUGAUUUCUACAUCUACGGGUUUGCAGUCAUUGACACGUUAUGACCAGUCCACGGAUUGGCAGAGGAAGCUGACUCCAGAACAGUACGUUGUUACAAGAGAAAAGGGCACAGAGGUGCCGUUCAGUGGCAUCUACCUGAAUCACAAUGAGGUGGGUAUGUACCACUGUGUUUGCUGUGACUCCCCUCUUUUUAGCUCAGAAGCAAAAUAUGAUGCAGGAACUGGGUGGCCGUCCUUCCAUGAGGCUCACGGGACAUGGGAAAAAGACGAGAGUCAUGCCAACAUUGUCCGUCGCCCUGACAACUCGCUUGGUAGCACAGGAACAGAGGUUAUCUGCAAACAUUGUGCGAUGCCCAUCUUGGACAUGUCUUUGAUGAUGGUCCAGAUCCGACUGGCCAGAGAUUCUGCAUCAACAGCGUAGCUCUAAACUUUAAGCCCAGAGAAAAAUAGCGCAGAGACAUCCAGCAGUUAUAUCCUUGGACAGGAUUUUACAGUUAUUCAGUACAAAUAAAGAAAACAGAUAGCAUUUGAAUAA